AUGACCUUCUUCUACUGGAUAGUCAUUCUACGCCUCACCGUCUGUGGCGGUAUAGAUUUCGACAAGAUAUUGGAGGAAUCUGGGGGCUAUGAUAAGUCCGAGGACCCUAUUUUCGGCACGGAGAGCCCAGUGGAGAAGACGAGUGAGCCGGGGUUCGUCUCAACUCCUCAAUGGACAACUCCGGUGAGCUCGGAGGAGCCGAUCGUGGAUCGAGAGCCCGUGCCGAACGUCCAGGAUCAAGAGGAAGCUCGCAACGACACCAAUAGCUUGCCCCAAGAUCUCAGAACGAUCAUUGCACUAUUGGUUGUCGUGGUGACCAUCCUUUUUCUGCUGAUCAUCACCGUGGUAUGGAGAUCCAUGACUCAGCACUGGCAGUAUGGCAAUCUCAAAGGAAUGGGGAAAGGGUGCCAGACACAGGAUGAUGAAGGGAGAUCUGAUGACGCUGGACAGCUGUCCGAGGCCACAGUAUGA